GGCGUGCAGAAUGUGUCCAGUGUUGUUCAGUAUUACUAUCCAAUAUCCAUACAUUGUUUGUGUAUUUCUGAAAUUCACUUACUUUUGAUUUAUUUGUGUAUGUAUUUUAUCUUCCAUGAAAGAUUAAUAAUAUUGCGAUAUUGUUAAGAAAUAAACGAUACAAAAAAUAGAAUUAAGUUGCAAUACAUCCAUUAUUCACUUUACAAUUCUUAAAGUUAAUACCAGAUUUUACCUAACCAAAAAAACUUCAGGAACAAUUUGUCGGUCCAUGUGAAUUUCGUAUAUAGAAAAUGUGGAAAUGAUAAAAUUUAUAAAUUUACAACUUUAAUUUUAUAUAUCAAACCUGUAACCUGAGCCGGUUAAAUUAGUGUAUACAAUUUUUAUUUCUUUUAAUCUGGAAGUUACUUCGAUAAGAAGUGAAAGAAAUAGCAAAAUGAACAUUUUGCCAGGGACAGCGUCUCUUCUUGAAGAACUUGAUAAGAAAUUUAUGGUUUUACUAAGAGAUGGUAGAACAUUAAUUGGAUAUCUUAGAAGUGUUGAUCAGUUUGCUAAUAUAGUACUUCAUCGUACAAUUGAAAGAAUUCAUGUUGGCAAGGAGUAUGGAGACAUCCCAAGAGGAAUUUUUAUUGUGAGAGGAGAAAAUGUAGUGCUUCUAGGAGAAAUAGACAGAGAAAAAGAAAGAGGUUUACCAUUAACUGAAGUGUCUGUAGAUGAUAUUUUAGAUGCUCAAAGACGUGAACAAGAAUUAAAACAGGAUCGGAGGCGAUUGGUAAAUAAAGCUUUAAAGGAACGACAUCUAUCGCACAUUCCAGAUAUGGGUAAUGAUGAUGUGUUUUGACUUACAUCUACA